AUGGUUGGGUCUGGUCUACGGAGACUUGACGAAAUAUUUGAUCAGACUAGUUUGGACUGGAAGAAUGUCAUUGACGAAUCAAAUGUUCCAUUCGAGAAUUUCGACUCGAAUGGGUAUAAUCAUUUCAAAGAUGACACACCUUCAUCUCCACCUCUAGUUAGACAUCCCCCUGUAGUUAGACGCCUUACUGUUCAUCAUGGCGGCAUGCCUGUUGAGGAUCUAGUCGCUAGUAAAGCAUAUCAGGGUGGAGAGAUUCAAGGAAAGGAAGUCCUACAGUAUUGCCGUAUUGGUCGGUAUGCUCGAGAUCAGGCGAUUGCCUGGUUAUGGCUUAUGUUAGGGAACACGUUGUUAACGGAUAGGAGCGGGACUCGGAUUAGAGUGGUGAUUCUCUCAGAGAUUGUCGAUGAUCUAGCCACUUGUCACGAGCUUUCGUGGGGCUCUGCUACUCUAGCAUAUCUUUAUCGCCAGCUUGACGUACCAGGUGGGGACCGUGCCUCAGGAGAUCUUACAAUGCCCCAAGCUGGAUGGUGGGAUGUCCCAGGUCGUGAUAACAUCGCAAAGCGUCUGAAGAAGUUUCGGCGGGAGAUCAAUGGCCUGACAGCCACGGAUGUGACAUGGUUGCCUUAUGGACUCGAGCCUGUUGACGAUGAUCCGAGUACCUUGUACAAUGGAUGGAUACAGUACCGAGAUAUUAUUGAGCCAUACUUGCUUGUACGAGUAUUGCGCCAGAUUGAGUACAUCCAGACCAUUUCUCCACCUAUCCCUAGUCCCUCGGAGGUAUUUCGUAGUAAUAAAUCCAAGAUGUACAAGAUUAUAUAG